UUUUACUUGUUAAUUGUCGUGUUACUACGACAAACCGCCACCAUCGCCCCAAGAAAUACUAAACGGUCCGGUUUCUUUGUGUCCAUGAAACUACAUGUCCCAGACACCAUUGCGGCACAGGAACGCGCAAGACGGACACUCCACUGUGGUUAGCUAGCUAACUUUCCUCGUCGCUUCACUAAAAGAGGGACCGUUAAUUCGCGUUUGCCCUCAUGAUGAAAUGCAGGCAGCUGCGAUGGAUCCAGCGGAUGAACCUCCGUCCAUGUUGUGGGGACUGGACCCGAUCUUCUCUGCCUUCGCCAGGCUGUAUGUCAGAGACAUCCUGCAGAUGACAGAGUCCACACAGGUGCCAGGUAUUUACUUCUACAACUCACAUCCAAUCUAUAAAGUGGAUGUACUUGGCACGGUGGUUUACAAGAGAGAAAGAGACGACUUCUUCUGUUAUGGAGUGGAUGAUGGCACUGGUGUAAUAAACUGCCUAUGCUGGAAAAAUGACCUGUUGAAAGAGGAAGGGGAUCCUUCUACAUCAGAGGAAAGACACGGUGAUGGGGCUCAGGGAGGCUUCAACCCAGUUGCUGAACUGAAGAAGCUGAGAGAGGCCCAGCAGAGCCGCUGCCGUCUAGAGAUCGGGGAGCUGCUCCGAGUCAGAGGACCGGUGAAGACGUCGAGACAACAGAGAGAAAUCAUGGCCUCUACCUACUAUAAAGUGAACGACCCAGUGAUGGCGGUCCAGAUAGCGUGGAUGAUGGAGGUUCCUCAGCUCUACCGACAGUGCUAUGACAAACCAUUCCAGCUGCAACCUACUGCAACGGGUGAGUCAGCCAUCAGUUCCCUCUCCAAGGCAACGAAUAUCAUCAAGGAGUUCUUUAAGCAGAAGUCGGUGGCCAGGUUCAGACCCUAUGAUGUUCAGGACCUCCUGCAGCCUCUGAUCUCCAGCCAGCCUCAAACAGCUGCAGCCGACCAGGAGCCCGUGGCGGGUCCAUCUGCAUGCCAGCAGCUUCGCCAGCUUCUGAAGGAGGCCCUGCAAAUUUUACAAGAUGAGGGUGUCGUGUACCGCAAGGUUAAAUCCCAGGAUGAAGUCUAUCAUGUGACUGCGCACGAUAAAGAUCUGCUCAUAGCCGUCAAAGACAUUAUCAGGGAGGACUCGAAGAGAGAGAAGUAUGCGGAGAAGGGUUGCCACAUCCUGCACAUCCUGUCUGCAGUCAGGCAGCGCUACAGCCUCAACGUGAGCAAAGUGGCACUGGAGCUGGUCCUCAAAUCACUGGAGUGCAACAGUGACAUCGUCAGCACCAGCGACAAUCACUACACUGUGUUUUAACUGGAGCACAGUGGGGUCAGAAGCCCGGUGUUAGUGUAUAUACUAUAUGUAAUACGGCUUAUUGCUCCAAAAUGUGAGCGUUGGAUAUUUUGAAGUAAAUCAUGCCAAUUGUAUCCCUUUUUUUCAUCAUGACUAUAGUCAAGUGUGGCACUUACCAAGAAUAGUUUGUGUUCUAAGGUUAAAUUUUAAGUUUAUUAUAAAUGUAUGCCUUAACUAAAAUUAAGUCAUGCCAAAGAUGGGCAUCAGGGAAGCUUUGAGGACCACUGUGCACUCCACUGUUGUAUAUAUGUUUGAAAUAUGUUUAAAUAAAUAAGAAAUAAAUGGCAAA